AUGACGCAUCAAGUGAAAGGAACCGCAUUCAUCACAGGCGGCGCAUCCGGCAUCGGCGAAGCCACCGCGCACGUCCUCGCAAAGAACGGGAUUAGCGCGCUCGCACUGCUAGACGUCAACCAGGUACUCCUUGAGGAGACGAAAAAGCAACUAUUGUCUGAGCAUGCACAGCUCCGCGUCGCUGUCUUCCAAGUCGACGUCAGGGACGAGGGAGCCGUCGAGGAUGCCGUACGGAAGACGGCGGAGGAAUUCGGACAGAUCGAUAUCGGGGUGAACGCUGCGGGCAUCGCUGGCAAGCCGGGUCCAUCGCAUGAUACGGAGCUGUCGGACUGGCAGAGGGUGAUUGAUAUCAAUCAGACGGGGUUGUGGGUCUGUCAGCGGGCGUUGAUUCGGCAGAUGCUGAAGCAGGAGUCUCGAGGAGGGCGCGAAGGACGCGGCACGAUUGUCAAUAUCGCGUCGAUGUAUGGGGUUAGAGCGCCGCCCGGGGGAAUUGCGAUUGCGCCGUAUGUGGCUGCGAAACAUGCUGUUGUCGGGCUAACCAAGAUGGAUGCCAAAUCGUAUGCCGGAGAGGGUAUUCGCAUCAACGCCAUAUGUCCCGGGUUUGUGGAAACGCCUAUGAUAAGACGGUCGAUAGAAUCUGGCGCGCUCGACUCGCAGGUCGCGAUGAUUCCCUUGGGACGUACUGGGAUGACGGAGGAGAUUGCCGACGCGAUUCUAUUUCUCGCUUCUCCCAUGAGCAGCUACAUGUGUGGAGAAGCACUGGUGGUAGAUGGAGGAUUGACAGCAUAA